AUGGAGAACAAGACAGAUGUGAACAUGGAAGAAGAGAUGGAAGAAGAGAUGGAAGAAGAGAUGGAAGAAGAGAUGGAAGAAGAGAUGGAAGAAGAGAUGGAAGAAGAGAUGGAUGAAGAGAUGGAUGAAGAGAUGAAGCAUGCUGUGAGGACAUCCACACAAAUACAGAUCGAGCUUUGGGAAAAGCUUAGAAGUACAACAUAUAACCCAGACACUGGCUACAUUGUAUUCCUCCGCAAUUGGGUCAGUCUCGUGCAAGAGUUCCGGGAGCAUCAUCCGCUCACGCCUAUUCGCGAAUUCUACCUCUUCCUUGACGCCCUCGAAGGGGUCGAGCAUCUCAACAGCUAUCGGCGCCUUGAACUCAAACAAACAGCCAUGGUCGACAUGGCAGACGUCUAUCUCAGGUUCCAGCUCAUUGAAUUCGGCAAACAGGCAGGUUUCAUGAUCCCAGAGUCCACCCACAGAGCCCUAGCAUCCUUGACCGGCGAGAGAACACACGAGGAUGACCAAAGCAGUAAGCUGCGUCCGCGCCAAAAACGCAAGUGUGGGCAGAGGCGGAAGACGCGACCGGUGAAGUGCUGCUAUGUGAGGACGCCAAUACCAUCUGGUGCCGCUAUCACGGGGUGA